UCAAAUCCGAAGACGGCGCACGCGUAUACCCAAUGUUUAUACUCGUAUUUGUGAGGGGAAACAUGGAGCUAUCGAAGCCCCAGUAUCACUUCGAUGUAUUUAUUAUAAGUUAAAGGUUGCGAGAAGAAAAAAAUGUUGCUUAAGUUAGUUCUGGUGGCGUUGAUACCGGCGUGUUUCGGUGCUUUGAACCCGAUCAUCCUUGUGCCUGGAGAUGGUGGCUCCCAACUGGAUGCAAAGAUUAACAAAACAACAACAGUGCACUACAUAUGCCAGAAGACCACCAAGGACUUUUACAACAUCUGGCUGAACAUGGAGCAGCUUGUGCCGCUCGUCAUCGAUUGCUGGGUCGACAACAUCAAGCUGGUCUACAACAAUGUCACAAGGAAGACAGAGAACAUGCCCGGUGUCGAAACAAGGGUCCCAGGUUUUGGGGGCUCCGAAACAGUGGAGUGGCUGGACCCCAGCCACGCAUCCUCAGGCGCCUACUUUAAAGACAUCGCAAACAUGCUCGUCACUGUAGGUUACGAGAGGAAUGUCUCAAUUAAAGGAGCACCGUUCGAUUUCCGCAAAGCUCCCAAUGAAAAUCAGGAGUACUUUGUUAAACUGAAAGAACUGGUUGAAGAGACCUACACGGAAAAUGGGAAAGCACCGGUGAUGCUUCUGGCCCACUCGAUGGGUGGCCCAAUGUCAUUAUACUUUUUGAACCUGCAGACUCAAUCGUGGAAGAACAAAUACAUCAAGUCUUUGGUUUCUUUGAGCGGCGCUUGGGGAGGCUCCGUUAAGGCCGUUAAAGUCUAUGCAGUUGGCGACGAUUUAGGCUCUUACGUGCUCAACGCCAAAGUAAUGAAGCAGGAGCAAAUCACUAACCCGAGUUUGGCUUGGCUGAUGCCAUCCACCAUUUAUUGGAAACCGAAUGAAGUUCUGGUGCAGACCGAUAAGAAGAACUAUUCCCUGAGCAAUAUCGAAGAUUACUUCAGGGAUUUGCAAUUCAUGGAUGGUUGGGAGAUGUACCAGGACACGGUGAAGCACAGCAGCAACUUGACGGCGCCGGGAGUCGAAGUGCAUUGCCUUUACGGAACGGACGUCGACACAGUUGAAAAGUUGUAUUAUAAACCUGGAACUUGGCUGGACGGAAAUCCGACGUUGGUUAAUGGUGACGGUGAUGGUACGGUGAACAGGAGAUCUUUGGAAGGAUGCACGCAUUGGACGAAGCUGCAGCAGCAGAAGGUCUUCGCCACUGCCUUAUCCAAGGUCGAUCACAUGGCCAUCCUCAACCACAACUCGGUCCUAUCGUACAUCAGAAACUUAGUUAAUCAAGUCUAGUUUUGUGAUAGAAAACAAUACUCUCCUCUCCAUUCACUGAUGAAAUUAGGUUUAGGUUCGCCCUCGAAAUGCCAUAAAAAUAAUGGAAAUACCGUUGACUCGUAUUAGUGAUAUUACAUUUAAAUAAUAAUACUCCCAAUUAAUUUGAUGUUGUUGGAAAUGAAAGAGCUAAGACUAUUUUGUAAUUUAAAAAGGAAAAAAAUCUUGAAUUGUGAAUAAAAAUCAAUUUAACACUA